AUGCCUCGACCCAAAAAUAAACGUGUGUCCCCUGACAGGCUAGAUGAGGCAAGCGAGCCUCCUUCUAAGAGGCUUGAGUUAUCAACCCAACCUUCAUCAAGCCGGAACAGUGAGGAGAAAAGCACGCUUGAAGCGCUCAAGGCACUGCCGCACCAAGAGCUUGCCAUGGUCGCGAAUGGCCUGGUACUGGAGCUCAAAUCCUGGAACGACAACGACCCCACUCCCGUGGGUCGCUCAGAGUGGUGGACGGAGAUCAAAGUUGAAGAGGAAGCCAGAUCCUUGAAGAUAUGGUGUCGCGAGCAUAUUAGGAAGCAGAUGAGGUGGCAGGGGAGAUGGUUUGGCGCGUGGGCUGUACCCCACGAAGCCGUUUUUGUCGAGCUCUUCGGCGCCGACAGGGCCAAGCUGAGAAGCUACAAGCCCAUGAAGCUAAGUCUCCUGGAGUUCGACGCAGUCAUCGGCUACAUCCGCGUGCGUCUUGGAGACAAACAUUCCUUGUUUGUCACCAGCGCGAAUGUCGUGUGGAUGUCGGGUGUGAAUAUGUUCAUGCUGUUUGGGACUUUCGGGCUCGACACGGGUCCGGACUACUGA